AUGGAUAUUUCCUUCGAUAAAACUCAACGUCUAGAACAUUUUUUAGUGGAUUUGGAAGGUGUAGAUGAAUAUUGGGCUCCAACUUUUCGUUCGGUUUACGAAGGUGAUGAUCAUGAAAAAUUUAUGGAAAAUUUAGAAGCCCGGAUUAAAAGUCAUGAUAAAGAUAUAGAAAGAAUGUGUAAUUACCAUUAUCAAGGGUUUAUUGAAUCAAUAAUAAAACUCUUUCAAUUAAAAACACAAGUACAUAAACUUAAUGAAGAAUUGAUUGACAUUGAUAAGCAACUUCAAAAUUCUGCAUCCCGUGUAAUUGAAAAAGGAAUGGAAUUAGUCAAGGCUAGAAAAACGCAAAAAUAUAUUGCAGCAGCUAUUCAAAAUUUAACUCUUUGUCUGCCAGUUUUGACUACUUAUAUAAAAUUACAAAAACAAAUGAAAGAAAAAAGGUUUUAUCCAGCACUUAAAACACUUGAUCAAUUAGAACAAGUUCAUCUUCCCAGAAUUGCCAAUUACAGAUUUUCUAUAAAAAUAAGAGAAAGCAUUCCUCACUUGCGAGAUAGCAUUAAAGAUGCUGCAAUGGGUGACCUAAAAGAUUUUUUAGAAAAUAUCAGAAAAUUUUCACAGAAAAUUGGAGAAGUUGCCAUGAGACAUACAUUAGAACAAAUAUCUGAUCAUAGCAAAACAAAUAAUAAAGAAGAAAAUAUUAAUCACAGAUUGGCUGGCCCUGGAAAAGCUUAUGAGAAUGCAUUUGAUAGUGAAGAAGAUCUUAGUGCCCAAGACCUGAUUGAUUUUUCUCCAGUUUAUAGGUGCCUUCAUAUUUAUACUGUUUCAAAUGCCAAAGAUACAUUCAUUAGUUAUUAUCGUAAUCAAAGACAACAGCAAGCAAGACUUGUUCUUCAACCUCCCACCAAUAUGCAUGAAAACAUAAUUGGGUAUAAAAAUUAUAUUCAUUCCGUUGUUGGCUUUUUUGUAAUUGAAGACCAUAUAUUGAAUACUGCAGGAACUUUAGUUAAUAGAAUUUAUUUAGACGAUGUCUGGAAUAUGGGUAUAUCCAAAGUUGUGAAUGCUUUAAGGACUAAUUCGGCUUAUUGCACAGAUGCUGCUCUUAUGUUAAAAAUCAAAGAUCUAAUUAUGCUCUUCAGCACUACUUUACGAAAUUAUGGUUAUUCUGUUAACCAAUUAUAUGAUUUAUUACAUGAGAUGAGGGAUCAUUAUAAUGAAGUUUUAAUGCAAAGAUGGGUUAUGAUUUUUAGAGAAAUUCUGGAUGAGGAAACUUUUUCUCCUAUUCAAAUAUCCAAUCAAGUGGAAUAUGACAAAAUAAUGGAAUCUUUUCCUUUUCAAGAUGAUACAGCGAAUAAUUUAAAAUUUCCUAGAAAAUUACCCUUUUCUCAAAUGGUUCCAAAUGUGUAUAACCAAGUAAAAAAGUAUAUUAAUGCUUGUUUAAAAUUUUCUGAAGAUCUUCAUAUUAGUCAAGCCACUAACAAUGAUAUGGUUAUUAAAUCAACAACUUUGUUGUUAACCAGGACUUUUAGUGGUAGCUUGCUUUCAUUAUUCAGGAAACCUGGUUUAGGCCUCUUGCAGGUUGUUCAAAUAAUUAUUGACAUAGGUUAUUUAGAAAAAGCAGCAAUUUUUCUCGAUGAAUUUAUUUGUACUUUGACAGGGUGUCAAAGGGAAGAAAAUAUUGCUGUAAGAAAGCAAGCAAUGUUUCAUGUUGCAAAAAAUGAUGCUGAGAAACAAAUAUCUUUAAAAUUAAAAGAAAAAAUUGAUGAAUUUUUGGAGCUUGAAAAUUAUAAUUGGUCACUUGUAGAACCUCAGGGAUAUGCAUCUAACUUCAUAACUGAUUUAAUCGCUUUUCUGCAAAGCAUUUUUUCAUCAUUUACAAAUGUUCCCGUUCAUGUAGCUCAAGAAUCUUGUAAAGCAGCUUGUGAACACAUAGCAAAGUCUUUAAUGGGAUUUAUACUUUCCGAUAAUGUUAAACAAUUGACAAUGGGUGCAUUACAACAAAUAAAUUUGGAUACUAUUCAAUGUGAACAAUUUGCAGCAUCAGAUCCAGUUCCUGGAUUAGAAGAAGGAGUAUUGCUAAAAUAUUUUGCUGAACUUAGACAACUGUUAGAUUUGUUAAUGGCUUGGGACUGGUCAGCUUACUUUCACGAUUAUGGACAGGAAAAUAGUAAAUACAGCCAUAUAAAUCCAAACACAGCUAUAAUAAUAUUAGAAAAACUGACUGACAAUAAAAAUUUGUUUUCUGUAUUAAAAAAAAGUGAAAGAGACAAAAAAAAGUUGCUCGAUACAGUUUUAAAACAGUUAAAACAAUUAGCUCAAACAACACAACAUUCAGAAUAA